ACAAUCUGCGUUUUCCUGAGUUUCUCUAAUUCAAUCUUGUUAAUGUUUUGUGUCAAUUAAAUUAAUUUUUUCAAUUGUUUAUUCAUUUUUUUUAAUCUACUGUCCAAAUCUCAAGUUAAUACAACACCAUUGUGAUCCUCUUAUUCAAAUGUUAGCAACAACAUGGCCGAUAGAAGAAAACUUCAAGGUGAGAUUGAGCGAUGCCACAAGAAAGUGCAAGAAGGAGUUGAAACCUUCGAGGAUUUGUGGCACAAGGCUCACAAUGCCCCAAACUCUAAUCAAAAAGAAAAAUACGAAGCUGAUCUCAAGAAAGAAAUUAAAAAGCUUCAGAGGCUUCGAGACCAGAUUAAAUCAUGGAUUGCCUCAAGUGAGAUUAAGGAUAAAAGGUUAUUACUGGACGAUAGGAAACUCAUAGAGACUCAAAUGGAAAGGUUUAAAGUGUUAGAGAGGGAGACAAAAACAAAGGCAUAUUCUAAAGAAGGCCUGGGAGCAGCGCAAAAAUUAGAUCCAGCACAAAGAGAAAAGGAUGAGGUGACAAAUUGGAUGGCCGAUUCAAUAGCUCAACUCAAAAUCCAAAUAGAUCAAUUUGAAUGUGAGAAUGAAGCCAUUUUGGUUGCGUUAAAAAAGAAAAAAAGUGACAAGGAGAAAACAGAUCGAGUCGAAGAAUUAAAAAAUUGGUUAGAAAAACAUCGGUAUCAUAUUAAUCAAUUAGAAACUCUUAUGAGGAUGUUAGAUAAUGAUACAGUGGACGUGGAUCAGAUUAAAAAGAUAAAAGAUGACGUUGAAUAUUAUAUUGAAUCUUGUCAAGAUCCUGAUUUUGAGGAGAAUGAAUAUAUUUAUGAAGAUUUAGAGUUGGACGAUAUGCAAGAGUAUCUAGCCAAAACUAGAGCAGCCCUUGCAAACCACACUGCUUCAUUUGAUAGUGGGACAACUAAAACAACAAAUUCUUCUAAUGCCACCGGUGAUGAAGAGGGAGCCAAUUCUGUUCAUUCUUAUACCCCAACAUCAACUUCAAGUUCACCCGCUCCCAGUCCAGGAUUGACCAAUCAUUCCAAGGGAGUAAUGGAUUUAUGUAAUCCAGGAACCACUGUCAAUGCUAGUUGUACAUCUGUGAAUAACUCCACAAGCAACUCUAUUACCAAUAGCACCAUUACUAAUAAUAAUGGUGUUUUAGUUACUUCAUCAUCAACAACAACGGGAUCUUCUUCUCUCUCUUCUCUAUCUUCUUCUCUCUCCUCUUCUGUUUCUUCUAAUGUUAAACCUCAGCCUGUUUGGUCUCUCUCUACGUCUGUUAGUAGCUCAAUUCCCUCAGUUUCAUCGAGUAAUUCAUCGAGCAAAGUAUCCACAUCCCAAACCACAACAACAGGGACAAAUUUAACAACUACUGCAACCUCAACUUUAUCAACAACAACAACAACUACCACAACAACAACAGUGUCUACAACAAUUACAACAACAAUCUCUACAGUAACAACAGCAACAACCAACACUUCAACCACAAUGGUGACAUCCUCAUCAUCGUCAAUAUAUUCAGAAUUGAAUCAGAAAAGUUGUUCAUCUCGAAUGAAUUCUAGAACCAGCAGUUGCAGCAGUAAUAUAAGUCACUGUAGUAGCAACAGCGCUAAUAACAGUCCACCUUCUGUUAACAAUCCAUUAAAUGGUAUCACAACUACUAGUAACUCUGCAGCAUCUUACAGCAUGGCUGCAGCGGUUACUGCUGUACCCACAUCCACAUCAGUCACCUUAUCCUCACUUACAUCAGGCCCAUGGAGUCAAACGAUUGGUUCUUCUAGGAGUCAGGUUAAUUCAAAUAGUUCUGCGAUAAGCCAACUUGUAAACACUACGAAUAUCAACACCAAUUUGAAUAUCACCACUAACAACAACAAUACUAAUACCAACAACAACAUCAACAACAAUAGUAAUAGUAAUAACAGUAAUAAUAAUAAUCCUCUGAUAAUGAAUGGACCAUCCGUACCUGGAGGUCUUGGUGUUAAAGUAUCUUCACAGUUACAACAACAACAACAACCUCAAUCUCAACCACAACAACAACAGUCAAGCAACUCUGGACCUGGGCAAGGUUUAGGAACAACUUCUGCGCCCGUGAACCAAUUAACAUCCAUGUCCUCACUUAAAUCAAUAGCCCAACAAGCUAUUGCGAGUGCAGGGUUGGAGAAUUCUAAUAUGAACGAUGCUACUACUACUUUAUCUACUUCAAAUCUUUUUGAGACAAGCACAUCCAUGUCAGGAGCUGCCACUAACUCAAUGAACAGUAAUGCCUCAAAUGUUACAUCAACAACAUCAUCAGUGAUAGGUUUAUUAAGUGGUAAUAGUAAAUCUCUGAUUAUGCCUUCAUGUGUUUCCUCUUCAGUAUCAAAUUUAACCUCCUCCGCGGCAAAUUCUGCCGUUAGUCCUGCCAGUUCAACCGGGAUGCAUCAGUCAGAAGCCCAUAUUCCACCGUUGUUAGGUGUUGCUCCUUUAGGACCUGUACAGCUACCUAAACAAUGUCUAUAUCAACUUCAUAUGCUUGAGGCUGCCUGUAGACAUACCAUUUAUCCAGUUGAUUCUCAGAGGCUAAGACCAUAUUUGCCUCCGAAUCCAUGUCCGACGCCGUCAUAUUAUCCGCAACAAGCCUUGCCACAUAGCGAUUCUGUUGAGUUCUUCCAUCGACUCUCAACUGAGACAUUAUUCUUCAUUUUUUAUUUUAUGGAGGGUACAAAGGCGCAGUACCUGGCAGCUAAAGCUUUGAAAAAACAGUCAUGGCGUUUCCAUACAAAGUAUAUGAUGUGGUUUCAACGUCAUGAGGAACCAAAAACAAUCACUGACGAGUACGAACAGGGCACUUAUGUAUACUUUGACUAUGAAAAGUGGGGCCAACGGAAAAAAGAACAUUUCACAUUUGAGUACCGGUACUUAGAGGAUCGUGAACUGAAUUAAAGGAUAAUAAACCAAAAAAACCUACCUGCAAAAACACAAAAAAAACUUGUAAUUGUAAUUGAUGAAACAAAACAAAAAAAACUCCUGAGAGCGCAAUGAAAAAUGGCGAGAGAUAGAGUAAAAAAAAGCCUUUUAACACUCACAGAAA